AUGCGCUUCCUCAUCUCCCUCGCCGCCCUCGCCGGCAUCUCUUCUGCCCAUUUCCAGCUCAAAUACCCUCCCACCAUUGGCUUCGAAGACGCCAAAGAAGACACGGGCCCUUGCGGCGGCUUCACCCCAGACCUCUCCAAAUCAGACCUUCCCGACUUUCACAUUGGAGGAGACGCUGUCGCCGUCCGUCUCAGCCAUCCUCAGUCUAAAUGGCUUUUUCGCGUCACCACCGACCCCUCCGACGAAAAGAAAUGGGAGCAAAUUUACCCGAUUGUGCUGCAGAGCGGCCUGGGUGACUUUUGCCUGCCGCAGCUGACUGUUCCUGAGAAAUACGCCGGAAAAAAGGGCGUCCUUUCCAUUGUCUCAUCGGCUGUCGAUGGUCUACUGUACCAGUGCUCAUCCGUCAACUUUGUCACCGGCUCCAAGGAAAAACCCAAAGAGUGCACCAACGCCACCCUCACCGCCAGCUUCAGCAGCGACGACGCCCUUUCCGCCAUGGUCGGCAGCAGCAGCAGCGGCAGCAACGCCACCACCACAUCUGGCGGCGGCUCCUCCACCACGGCCAGCCCCGCGGCGUCGCCUACUAAAAACGCCGCCGCCGCCGUCGCCGCACAGCUUGGCUCCGGUCUGCUCGCAGUGCUGGGCGGCCUGCUCUUGAUUUAA